ACUGUUUUCCUCGUUGACUCUUAAAUGCGUUGGUUGUGUGCUCUUCCUCCUCUGCCCCUCAGUGACUAUCUGUUCCAGCUGCUGCUUAUAGGAGACUCAGGAGUUGGCAAAUCAUGUCUUCUUCUGCGGUUUGUGGAUGACACCUAUAUAGAGAACGGCGUCCUUACCGUCGGAGUCGACUUCAAGAUAAGAACCAUUGAGAUGGAUGGAAAGACAGUCAAGUUACAGAUUUGGGACACAGCCCAGGAGAGAUUCCGCACUGUGACGUCUAGCUACUACAGAGGGGCUCACGGAAUCAUCAUCGUCUAUGAUGUCACUGACCAGGAGACUUUUAACAACGUGAAGCAGUGGCUGGAGGAGAUCGAGUGCAACAUCUUUGGAAACAUCCCCAAGCUGCUGGUGGGGAACAAAAGUGACCUGGUCUCCAAAAAGGUGGUGGAUUUCAGCACCGCUAAGGAAUUUGCACAUCACUCAAAGUCCGAUGUCCUUAAACAGCGCAAGAAUGCCAGCAAUGUGGAGAAGGCCUUCCUCACCAUGGCCUCUGAGAUCCAGAAGAGGGUUGCUGCGUGAGUUGACUAUCUGUUCGAGCUGCUGCUUAUAGGACACUCAGGAGUUGGCAAAUCAUGUCUUCUUCAGCGAUUUGUGGAUGACACCUACAGAGAGAGCUCCAGGGCCACUGUCGAAGUCGACUUCAAGAUCAUCGAGAUGGAUGGGAAGAUAGUCAAGUUACAGAUUUGGGACACAGCCGGCCAGGAGAGUUGCAGCACUAUGACUAGCCACUACAGACGGGCUCACGGAAUCAUCAUCGUCUAUGAUGUCACUCACCAGGAGUCUUUUAACAACGUGAAGCAGUGGCUGGAGGAGAUUGAGUGCUACGCCCCUGAAAACAUCCCCAAGCUGCUGGUGGGGAACAAAAGCGACCUGGUCUCCAGAAAGGUGGUGGAUUUCAGCACCGCUAAGGAAUUUGCCAAAUCACUCAAAGUCCAGAUCCUUGAAACCAGCAGCAAGAAUGGCAGUAAUGUGGAGAUGGUCUUCUUCCACAUGACCUCUGAGAUCAAGAAGAGGGCUGAAAGUGGCACUUUACAGAAUUAUUCUGGGAACAUGAACCUGACCUACAUCUGUUGA